AUGGACCUGCCGCGGCUGCAUCGCAGUCACUACCAACACCAGAAUCAUCAGUCUCGGCACCAGCAUCAGCACCAGCACCAGCACCAGGAACCGCAACAGCAACCGCAACAGCAUCCGCGACCGCACCGCCAAGCCGCCUCCGGGACCACGGCGCCGUCGCCCGCUGUCACCGCCUCGCCCGCCGACUCGCAUCGCGACGGUGCGAAGUACGACUUUCAAGACCUCGGCCACGAUGCCGCCGCCGCCGACGACGAGCCCGCCCGCAAGCGGCAGAAGCGCAACAAGCCGACGCUGUCGUGCCACGAGUGCGUCGAGAGGAAGACCAAGUGCGACAGAGGAAGGCCCCAUUGCCUCGCGUGCAUCAAGCGACAGACUGAGUGCCGCUACGCGCAUGUUGCCAACCUCCUCGACGAGACGUCGAGGUCCGCGGCCAACGGUCGGCGUAUGACCAAAGCGCCAAAGAAAAAGGCCGCCUCAGAUGGCAAGCCGGCCAUCCCAAACAUCGCCGACAGGGGCGCCAUUGAUGACCAUGAUACCUCGUCGCGGGGCGCCGUCGCCCUAUCCAUCGGCCUCCUCUCCCACGUCCCCUACUCCGACACGUCAGCCAGCAACGUCUUUGGCAUCGGGUCCGAGCAUCCCUUUGCCAACUACUGGACCUGCGAGGGGGGCCUGCCCGAGGUCAUCUCGGUCCUCCCCGACAAGACUCAGGCCGACAUCCUGCUCGCCCGCUACUUUGAGUGCGUCGACCCGGUAUACCCCAUGAUACACCGGCAGACCUUCUACGCCGACUAUGAGCACUUUUGGCAGCUGGGAGCCCAGGAGAGGGACGAGACGGACGCGGCCUUUAUCGGCCUCAUUUUUGUCAUGCUGGCACUCGGCACCCAGUUCGUCACGUCGACUUCGGCCACGGAGCGCAAGCAGACGGCAGAGUUCUACGCCUCGGCCAGCAACCAGGCCUUGCGCAUGUCGUCGUAUCUGAGCACGGCCUCUCUCCGCUCGAUCCAAGCCAUGGUGCUCAUGACGUACUUUCUCAUCAACGACAACCACGCCUCCGACGGCUGGGCAUUUGCCGGCAUUCUGACCCGACAAGCGUACGCCAUGGGCCUGCAUCGCGACCCCAACAUCGUGACGCCCAACGCCAGCCCGUUUGAGAAGCAGCAGAGGCGAAAGGUGUGGCAGGCAGUGCUGUUGCAGGACACAUUCAUGACGGUCCUGCUGUCGCUACCCCCUUCGGCGACGCAUACGGAUGUCUCGGUCGACGACUUGUUGGACGAUAGCUCUUCGAUUGCCAGCAGCGACCCGACCGACACGGCCUACAUCCGGGGCUCGUGGAUGCUGGCCAACCUGGUUCAGGAGACGAUUUGCUCGCCGCGGUCGCUUGACAUUCCGAUUUGCGGGACGGCCAGGCACAAGUCGAAGCUGGUGGCCGACUUCCGAGCCGUGUACCGGUCGUUUCCCGACGUGUUUCGAUCGUGGGACGCCUACAGCCUGACGCGGCUGGCGACGACCAACAAGCGCAUCAUACGGCAAACGCUGUUCCUGACGAGCAACUACUUCCACAACCUGAUGCUGGUGCACGCGUCAGAGAGCCCCGAGGUGCCGGUCAACGUGAGGGGGACGCUGGAGGCGGCGCACGACGCCAUCAGCGCCUUCUUUCUGCUGUACAGUCUGCUCGAGUGGGAGGCGCGCGUGUGGUGGGUGUUUAAUCACCGGGCGUUUCUCGAGGCGCUGUGCAUUGGCAACGUGCUCCGCGAAGCGGCCAAGGAGCCGGGCGGCAAAGAGCUGCUGGCGCGCGACCCCUUGUUUGGGCGGGGGAGAGCGGACAUUACGCGGAUGAUUGAAAUCAUGGAGAUGACGGGCGGGGACUCGGAGGUGGCCCGGACGCGGGUCAAGAUUUUGAGCGACUUUCUGGAUUGA